CAAGAAGCACCUGGGUAUGACGUACGGUACCUCAUUUUGUCAAAUUUUAUCAGUUUGCUAAAGAUACUCGAGACUGCUCGGGGAUUCCCCUUCAAAUUUCAGCAGUUUCACUUUCGAAAGAUUACGAAGUUGAAUAAUUUUCGCUUUCUCACGGAAGUGCGACACACCUUUGAUCAUCUAGAAGCAGUAAGGCGCCAUCAGGCGAAUGUCUCAUUCGCGAAAUGUUGUCGAAUUUGUGGUAGGAGGAUUGGAAAAGCGGUACAAAUGUAUACAAUGCCACAAUGUUCUACAAGAUCCAGUCCAAUCCAGUUGUGGUCAUAGGUAAGUUGUAAAAGUUGUAUGUCUUUCCAACAGGAAGUUCUAGAACAUUCUGUUUGUCAACCGAUCUUUGGGCUGGAAUGAUUCUUUUACCGGUGAACAACAAGGACGUAUUGCGCUCCUUUUUUGAUGCAAAUGUGCCUUUGGUCAUCGACAAAGGCCGCGCCAUGAAAGCUUAUACUGUACUUGAGUGAAACACAACCGUUCCUUUGCCGUACGAGUGGCAGAUUUACAGUAAUGCUUUCAUGCUAAAAUUUCGUUCUUUUGUAUUCAGUUUUCAGGAUUCUUUAGGCAAACAAGGUUAAGCUUAUUUUAUUUUACACUAACGUUCAAGAAUUUCGUUGAUAAUCCCGAACGGCUGCUGUAAGCUUAAGUUCCUUUUCAGUGACGUGUUAGGUUCGAAGAAAUAUAUUCAUUGCUGAGUCGAAAGUCAAUGUGGAUCGACGAUUGAAAUGAAUCUAAGCGUGACCAAGGCGGCGUAAUAUUAGUUAAGCUUACUUAUAUUUCGAAGAAAAAGUAGUAGGUAGUAGGUGGUGCGGCAUUUUGGCAAAAUUGCUUGACCAUCUGAUUAGCUUAUCAUCUUACCCAGAAGUGAUUGCAUGAAUCAUUGCUAAAAACAUUAAAUUUCGUAGUUGCAAUGUUAAAAUUUUUGACGCCAUUGAUCAUUGCCCAAUAAAGAGCAAACAUGUCACGCUUCAGCUUGUUCAAACGUAUCAGAUAAAUACGUUUACCUUUUUGUGACUUCCAUAUUGGUUGCAGGGCAAAUGACGUCACUACGUAUUUGAAAAACGAUCCCUGAUCUUAUGCAAUGUCUUUCUGUACAGUAGCCGUGAAGUCAUGGCAAGUACAAAAUAAUAAUUACAAACUUGCCAAGAUUAACCUUUCUCGUUUAGUGGUCUUUGGACAGAGGGUUUGAUACUGUUCUGUAACUUAAAUACUGUAGCUCGAAAACCUGACCGUAAUCCUCAUGUGCUCAGUUGUACCCAACCUUGUAUCUGCAAAUAGAACCCAACAAUUUGAAGAUUGUGAGGACAUCUAUUUUCUAGCUUUUUUUGUAGUUUCCCUCUCUAAGUAACCAGAAGAUCUUUCAUCAUAUUUGCUGCUGGUGAAGUUUUUCCUCUUUCACUACUGUCUUCCUAGAAGAAUCUUCCUCCAUUCAAAUUUCUAGGAAAGUCAGUAGUGAAUGCAAUAAUAGUUCUAUUUAUUACAAGAUGAUGUUGUUUGACCACAACUGCCUGAAUUCUUUUUUUUUUUCCUUUCUUAUUUCUGUUUGAUAUAUAGUGAUGUUCAAAUAACAAAAACCCAGAAUCUAAAAAAAUACAACAGACUAAAGGAUUCUAGUGGUUGUAGUAAAAAUGCUACUUCAUGAAACUGACCCAAUCUUCUAUGAAGAGGGCCUAGCUUGGGAUCCCAGAAAUCUUAGUUGCGAGAAGAAAGUUUCAUUUACUCCACAAUGCAUUGCUCCUUAGUUUAUAAUCAUGCCUAUAGACCUUUGUCUGACUGACUGACUCUGCUGAUAGAGAACUAUAAUUUUAGCUGUUAAGUGUCAAAUAACUGUUUGUAUAGUUAAGAAAUUUAACUCACCUAUUUUUAACUAGCCUGUGAGCAAGCUCUCAGUGAGGGAAAUCAGUACUCGAGAGCAGAGGCGACAGUGAGGGACACCCCUUGCCGCUUCACUGCCCACUUGUGUGUUUUUGCACAAGUGGCUUUGUUAACCCAAAGAAGAGCUUGUUUGCGUGCUAUUAUUUAACUGAUAGAAAUUUGUUAUGCGGUGGCCAUUUUGUCUUAAACAGCCUUGUUUAUGCACAACUAGCCUCGUUUUCUCCACAAGGCUAGCUGUGCGUAAACGAAGCUUUUUAAAUCUAUUAAGACAAAAUGGCAGCCGUGUGACAAAUUUCUAUCAGUUAAAAAAUAGUGUGCAAACAAGCUCUUCUUUGGGUUAACAAAGCAACUUGUGCAAAAACACACAAGUGGGCAGUGAAGCGGCAAGGGGUGUUCCUCACUGUCGCCUGUGCUCUCGCAUACCAAUUCCCCUCAUUGAGAGCUUGCUCGCAGGCUAGUUAAAAAUAGGUGAGUUAAAUUUCUUAACUAUACAAACAGUUAUUUGUCACUUAACAGGUAGAAUUAUAAUUCUCUAUCAGUGCAGUCAGUUUAACCAGGCCUUUUGUGUCAAAUGCCUUCCUUUCAGUGAAGACGAUAUAAUUCUUACCUCUGACUCUUAACUUGCAGGUUUUGCUGGUCAUGCUUGGAUGAUAUUUUGAAACAGAAACCGCCAGGUGAGGCUAAAUGCCCGGAUGAUGGAGAGGUUCUUAAAAGAGAAGAAGUUUUUAAGGACAAGUGUGCUCAGAAAGAGAUACUUGCCCUGGAGUGUUAUUGUCCUAAUAAAUCACUUGGCUGUCUAUGGACCGGAUUACUAGCUUAUCUUCAGGAUCACGAUGCCGAAUGUUCUUAUACAAAAGUGAAAUGUCUGUAUAGUAAUCUUGGUUGCAAUGUAGUUAUCUUAAGACACCAAUUAGCUAAACAUGUAGAGAAUGAUUGUGUGUAUAAGGUCACGGAAUGUCCUUACUGCCGGGUUGGUUAUCCUGGGGUUAAAAUGAGGGAACAUUUAGAAGAGUGCGGAAAGUUUCCAGUUAAAUGUCCUCAUGGUUGUGGUGAGAGUGAAAUUCUCCGGGAACACCUUGCAGAGCAUUCAAUAUCAUGCCCGCGCGCGCCAACACAGUGCAAGUUUAAAUCCAUGGGCUGUGAAUUUGAAGGUCCAAGGGAUUCCUUAGAUGAACAUCUCGAGUCAUUUACCACAGAACACCUAAUGUUAUGUAGUAAUUACGUCGAGAAAGUUACGGAGGAGAUGAGAAAUUUACAACUUCAGUUGAAUGCUUCACUGGCAAUGAAUCAAACAUACGAGGAAAGGCUGUCUUUACAAAACGAGGCUCUAGUACUCAAUAGACAAACGCUGUCCACGCAUCAGAUGAAGCUAACGAAAGUGGAGGAAAAUCUUUCUGAACAGCGUACGAGUAUAGACGAGAUUCGUCAACAACUAACGACCGAGUUGAACUCCAGAGAAAAUACUACAGCGGGUCUGAACAUGGUUGACAUAAUACGCCGUUUAGAUUUUCAAGAUGAAAGGUUAGCGGUAUUGGGGGAAGACGUCAGGCGGCUCAACCAGGCACCGGCGCGUCCUCGUUACGCGGCUUCAGCAAGUGCUGGUGGAAGCGAUCAUCGGUUCGAUCGUGUGGAACAUUCUUUAGCUCUGCACGAAAUCCAGCUGGCGGACCAAGACCUUAAACUACAGAUUAUGGAGACCACAUCGUAUGAUGGGAUUUUUUUGUGGAAAAUCGAUGAAUUUCAACGUAGAUUUCGUGAAGCAGUUGAUGGGAAAACAAUAUCCAUCUACAGUCCUCCAUUUUACACUGCCCGCUAUGGAUAUAAGCUUUGCGUACGCGCAUAUCUCAAUGGUGAUGGGCCAAUGGGCAAAGGGAAAUAUUUGUCGUUGUUUAUCGUAGUAAUGCGAGGGGAAUACGAUGGCUUAUUGAGUUGGCCUUUUCGCCAAAAGAUCACAAUGAAGCUGCUGGAUCAAGAUCGAGUCUCGGAUGUUACCGAGUCCUUCCGACCGGACCCGAACAGCUCGAGUUUUCAAAAACCGCGUUCGGAUAUGAACAUCGCUUCGGGCUGUCCUACCUUCUGUACACAUAAUCUCUUGAGAUCUAGGGGCUACAUCCGUGAUGAUUCGAUUUUUAUCAAGAUAGUUGUGGAUCCAACUGGGAUGCCUGUAAUCUAAAGGUUGCCUGCGAAUACAACCGUCUCUGAUCGUUGCGGACGCUAGGCGCACGGUUUUGGUUGCCCAUGGUUUCCCUGAACGAACGACCCUGGCGGCCGAAACGAUCACAGACAGUUGUAUUCGCAGGUAACUUUUAAGUAGGGCUAAGAAGAGCCCCCCAUAUCAGAAUUAAAGAAGAGUUUCAAAAAUAUCUAAAACACGUU